AUUUUGGUAAAGUAUUCAUUAUCUUUAUAAAGUCGAAGGUUUUCCUAUUCCAAUCGCUUAGCUAUCUCCUUGUUUCGCAUCUCCCGAGGCAAGGGCCUUCGCGUCUGCCCAGUUUCGCAUACAAACAAAGCGUCAUGAAGAAGGGGAUCCUCGGGAUGAAAUACGUCUUUAGCGGAAAAGGGUCUUCUCAUGGACCAGAAGAUGCUGAAGAAAUUAUUGAAGAAGAAUCGGUCUGUGUUAAGCCCAAGCUGAGAAGCAAGCCGGUCGCGCCAGCAAGCGUUCCGUUGCCCAAUGCCGAGCCCGCUACUCGCAACGUCGUCCUGGUGUCUGUUGACGCUCCUCCCGUCGACGCCAAGACCAGGGGCAAGGCCUGGGGUAGUUUGAGCGGCCUCGACGGCCCGAACAGCCCGCAAGUCGUCGUGGCCCCGCCCACGCCUCCACCAACCGCUGUGUGCACUGUCGCCCCGUGCUCUGUGGCGCUUCCGCCCAUUCGGGAGAAGAGGGACUGGAACCCCGAGCCGGAGCCCAAGGAGGAGAAGCCCAAGAAGCUCACCAUGCUGUUGCACACGGUCAGCGGCAAGAACCGCAAGCCCGAGUCCGAGGCACUGACCACUGUGCAGACGCUUGGCUCGAACGACUAUGCUGACGUGUGGCACGAGCACGAGAAGUACGGGCCCAUGACCAACCCCAUGAACACCCGCCAGGUCCACCUCAACGCGGUUGCCCGCAUUCGCCUGGACCCCUCUGAGGGUCCGCAGACGCUGCUGCAGGAGUGCGGUUUCCGUGAGCCGUCCCCGCCCAAGAUGCGAGGCCCGCCGCCCUCAACCGUGACCCUGCACCACCCUGGGAUUUGAAGGGUCGCUAACGGUUGCAACCGUCGGGGAGUUGGAGGGUCACCAAGAGCUGUGGCCGCUUCUGAAAGCGCGUUAGCUUUGGCUGCCCUUGCAAGGGCGUUAGCUGUGGCUGUUUGCUAACGAUCCAGAUGUCUGAUCAUCCCUUUCCUGAAGGACUAUACAUGAGAGGCGCUUGCUAGUGAUUGGCUUGUGCGCUGGAAAGAUCUGUCUAUCUAUGGCAGAGUUGCUUAAUAAUAGCUUGGUGCAUGCAUCCUUUUAGUGUGAAGAAUUGUGGCCCUUCCUGACCGCUGCAAUGCGGAGUUUUCCUGGUCUGAGCGUUUCCAACUCUCUACAGUGGCCAGUGUGAUACCGGUACUGGAGCUGUGGCUUCCGAGUCAGCUGGCCUCACCAGCGGGCACGCUGCUGCUUAUGUGAAAGGCAAGCGUACGAUAAGACAAAGCCCGGGACAAGCUGAACGUACCUAGGCUCGGCUCCUUCUCUGCUUACAUGUUUGAACUUGUGGCGUCUCUGCUGCCUGUGGCAUAUCUGAUGGUGAGAUGGUGAUGGAAAAUGUGUUUUGGACGUUGUCGUACUAGCAUUCAUCAACAUGACGACCGGUAACUCUAGACGGUUGGAGUUGGUUGGUGGACGGCGACAACGCAACACACUAGGAUUAUAUGGCUUCCUUAUCGUUUAUGCAUGGUUAGGUCCCAAUGAUCGGUGCGGCUUUGCUAAUGAUGAAUAAGAAGGGGCGCACGGAGGGCAUAAGCAUGUGCACGGAUGUUGAGUUGACCGGGCGUAACAUGUUGGGGACUUCGCACUGGCUCUAUGACGCCGUGCACCCAACCACUAGCCACCCGUGAACUACCCUAAUAUCAAUACAUAGAUGCUGAGUGGAUGAUGUGC